CUGCUCCUUGCCUGGGCUCGGGCCCCGCACCCCCGCCCCGUUAGCCUGCACCGGACGCUCCUCGCCCGCGUCUCGGCUGCAGCCCGCUCCCGGGGCAUUCGACCGCCCGGCCCCACCUCCCCGCCAGCACUCGGCGACCUUUUUCCCCCACUCCCAGGCUCGCGGCUGCUGAACUCGCGGGCCCGCCCCCUCGCCAGCCCCUCCCUCAGGACCCCGCGGCGACACACCCAGACACACCCCCACCGCUGCGGCCCGGCACCGGGUCCCGGGGCGCCGCCCCCUUCCCCCUCCAGCGCCUCACCUGAGCGCCUGCUCCUCCGCUCGCUCCUGCUCUCUUUUCCCGGGUUCUGUGCCAUCUUCCCGCUUAGCCAGGUCCCGCUUUCCCCGUGCUCCCUGACACACACGGAAGCCGCUCCCGUACCUGACUGGCCAACCCCAAGCCUUCCCGAUUCUCCCUUUUACAGCUCUCGCCCCUCCAGGGCCGACGCUAGAGAAAGACUUUACUCCAGGGGCUUCUUCCUCACUGGGGAAUUGCUGGAAAGAGCAAACAAAAAGGCGCUGGUGUAGGCUCCAAAAUAAACAUCUGAAUUCGUGAUGGCAUCGACAGAGGCUCUUAAUGGAUUAAAAGUUUCAAAACAAACAAUAACGCUUUGGAAAAAGCAGGGUUGAAUGUCUGCCUGUACUUCCAGGCAUGACCAUGGAGAAAAGUGGGAACAUACAAUUGGAGAUCCCCGACUUCAGCAACUCAGUUCUGAGCCAUCUCAACCAGCUGCGAAUGCAAGGCCGUCUCUGUGAUAUCGUGGUCAACGUGCAAGGACAAGCUUUUCGGGCUCACAAAGUAGUUCUGGCUGCCAGCUCUCCUUAUUUCCGGGAUCACAUGUCCUUGAAUGAAAUGAGUACUGUGUCCAUUUCUGUCAUCAAGAACCCUACUGUUUUUGAACAGCUCCUUUCUUUCUGUUACACAGGACGGAUAUGCCUGCAACUAGCAGAUAUUAUCAGCUACCUAACAGCUGCUAGUUUUCUGCAGAUGCAGCAUAUUAUAGACAAAUGUACACAGAUCCUAGAGGGCAUUCAUUUCAAAAUUAAUGUGACUGAGGUUGAAGCAGAAUUAAGUCAAACAAGGACAAAGCACCCAGAAAGACCUCCAGAGUCUCACAGGGUUACACCACCUCUAAACCGCUCACUUAGCCCACGACAUAAUGCUACAAAGGGAAACUGGAGAGGACAGGUCAGUGCUGUGCUGGAUAUCAGAGAGCUCAGUCCCCCUGAGGAGUCCACCAGUCCUCAGAUAAUUGAGCAGAGUUCUGAUGUAGAGAGCCGGGAGCCCAUUCUUCGAAUCAACAGAGCAGGACAGUGGUAUGUGGAAACAGGAAUAGCAGACCAAGGGGUGCGGAGUGGUGAUGAAGUUAGGGUUCUUGGAGCAGUGCACAUCAAAACUGAAAAUCUGGAAGAGUGGCUUGGGCCCGAGAAUCAGCCUUCUGGAGAAGAUGGAAGUAGUGCAGAAGAAGUCACAGCCAUGGUGAUUGACACCACAGGCCAUGGUUCUAUAGGACAGGAAAGUUACACUUUAGGGUCUUCAGGAACCAAGGUAGCUCGGCCAACCAGCAGUGAAGUUGACAGAUUUAGUCCCUCCGGCAGUGUUGUUUCCAUGACAGAAAGAUACAGAGCAAGAAGUGAGUCUCCUGGGAGAGUGGAUGAGCCUAAGCAACUUAGCUCCCAGUUUCUUCUGUCACAGGUAGAAGAGUCAGCAAUGAUGGGAGUAAGCGGCUAUGUGGAGUAUCUCCGAGAACAGGAGGUAUCUGAGCGGUGGUUCCGGUAUAAUCCCCGCCUCACCUGCAUCUACUGUGCCAAAUCUUUCAACCAAAAGGGAAGUCUGGACCGCCACAUGCGCCUGCAUAUGGGAAUAACACCCUUUGUCUGCCGCAUGUGUGGAAAAAAGUAUACCCGGAAAGAUCAGCUGGAAUAUCACAUCCGAAAGCACACAGGCAACAAGCCCUUUCACUGUCAUGUUUGUGGCAAAAGUUUCCCCUUCCAGGCCAUCUUGAAUCAACACUUUCGAAAAAACCACCCUGGCUGUAUACCCCUGGAAGGGCCUCAUAGCAUUUCUCCUGAAACGACUGUCACAUCCCGGCAAGCUGAGGAAGGGUCACCUUCUCAAGAAGAAAUGAUUGCUCCUGGGGAAUCUGCCCAGGGCUCAGUGUCUACUACUGGGCCAGAUUGAAACAUUGAGGGGGAAGGGGCCGACCCUCUUCUCCUCUGGGCGGUAAGCAGCCUAUUUCAAGAUCGUGGGCUGGUACUUAGAUUCACAAAAUGCCACAUCGCUUGACUAGAAGAUGUUCCCAUGGUGUUGCCAAAUUAGAGGAUCAACAUGCAGAAAGCAUGAAAGGCUCUUCUCUUUCCCACCUCACUCACACUUUGGAAAAUAAUCAAGCAAAUCAGCUUCUAAUUCAGGGAUCAACAGCCUUGGUUUGUUAACUUUAUAAGAAAAAAAGUUUUUAACAAAACUGAUCAGUGAAUGGUCAUUUAUCUACCAGUCAUGAUUGAACACUGUACUUAGGUUCAUAUCAUCUUGAUGGGUGAAAUCCUAGAUCUAAAAAACAAACAAACAAUCAAAAAAAAAACCAACAACAGGAGCUUUGGCCAACGGAAGCAGCCUAUCAGAAGUGGGAAAGGUAGUUACACCGGUGAGAAAGAGGAAUCUUCCUUCCUCUUCCCUGCCAGAGCAUGCAUUUCCGUAUUUUAAGAAAAAAAGUGUAUACUGGUGGUUCUUGUUAUUCUAAAAGGUUAGACUGUCUUUGCCCUGGGGAGGCAUCUAAUACUUUGUCUUGUUUUGGCUACCUUCCUUCCAGCAAGCAUCAUCACCUGAAGCAUGUUAGGUAGGUAGAAGUAAAGUGAGAAGCCAAGCGUUUUCAGUGGGCACUUACACAUCUGGGAGCUUGAGAAGGAGGAGUAGGGAAGAAAGUGUUCUUACUUAUGUUUGCAAGUACUGUACAUCGCAGAGCAGAACUGCAACUUUCUGAUUGGUGUUUGUAAACCAUAACACUUGCAUGCCUCCUUGGGUGUUAUAAAAAUGUUUCUAGUUAGGAGUUAUCCUGUUAGGCUGACUACCAAAAUUCCAUCCUCUUCAGCUCCUAGUUUCCUAUAACAGCAAUAUUGUACAUCAGAAAUGUCACUUUUCAGUCAAAUGUGCCUGGAUUGUAUUUUUAAAUCCACAGGUCUCCACAUUUGAUAACUUUUAUAUGAAGUUUUUAAACAUUUUUUUCCGCAAUAUUGUAGUUGAAGAGAGAUUCAACACUGUUGUUCUUAUUGCAACCACAGUUUCAUUCCCUUCUACGUGUUUUGUACUUUAUAUUUUCAGUCCAAUGAAGAACCUCACUUAAGUCUAUGUCUUGGUUUUGCAAGUCAAUAUAUAAUUCAUAAACCAAUUAGCAAAUUGCUGGUAACUCUUAAGAGUUCUUUGUUUUUGUUUUUUUUUAAAUAAUACACUACAGGGCACUUCACUUACAAGACAAUAUCUUGCACAAUCAUGUUGCAAUAAAUGAUCAAGGGAUCAAUUUUUAGCAGGUGUGGUUACAAAAUCAUUCCUAAGAUUUUUAAAACUUCAAGGGACUAUUUUAAUGAUUUUGAGUUUUUCUGAGAUUCUUAACCCAGCUCUGAAAGAAUUUACCAAACACAUAGAACUUUAUAUGCCCUGUCUUGCAUGCAGAGAGAGGAGUAGGAAUGUUAGA